AUGUCGCGAGAUCGUGGCGUGGUAUUGCAGACCUCACAAGGUCUGAUAGCGCUAGAGCUCUACUGGGACGAGGCAUCAAAGACGUGUGAGAACUUCUAUCAGCUGGCCAGACGUGGCUACUACGAUGGCGUACCCUUCCACAGAAUCAUUAACAACUUCAUGAUCCAGGGAGGCGAUCCCACCGGCACAGGCAGAGGGGGCAGCAGCAUCUACGGGGACAAGUUUGCCGACGAGAUCACACCCACGCUGAGAUUCACUGGCGCAGGCAUCCUCGCAAUGGCCAACUCCGGGCCCAAUUCCAACGGCAGUCAAUUCUUCCUCACCCUCGCACCCACGCCUCACUUGGACAGGAAACACACCAUCUUUGGCAGAGUCAGCGAGGGGAUGUCGGUGGUACAACGCAUGGGCCUGGUUGCCGUGGACGCUCAGGACCGGUGAGUACGAUAGAUGAGGCUGGUCAAUGAGCUGCCUCGUAGCUAGAGAUGAUCGGAUUCCUGACCACAAUCCUGCCCACGACAGGCCUCGGGAGGAGGUGAAGAUACUCAAGGCUCAGGCUACAGAAGGGUAGGAGCUCUCCCAGGAGGGACGUUUGCAAGAUGGCUAGUGUAC